UCACGAUGUCUAAAAAAAUCCAUGGGGGCUCCGUUGUGGAGAUGCAAGGAGAUGAAAUGACACGGGUCAUCUGGGAACUGAUUAAAGAAAAGCUGAUUUUUCCUUACGUAGAUCUGGAUUUGCACAGCUAUGACUUGGGCAUUGAGCGUCGCGAUGCUACAAAUGAUAAAGUAACUGUGGAAGCUGCUGAAGCCAUAAAGAAAUACAACGUUGGCAUAAAGUGUGCAACCAUCACUCCUGAUGAGAAAAGAGUGGAGGAGUUCAAGUUGAAGCAGAUGUGGAAGUCUCCCAAUGGGACAAUUAGAAACAUCCUAGGUGGCACUGUCUUCAGGGAGGCCAUUAUCUGCAACAACAUUCCCCGGCUGGUGUCUGGAUGGGUGAAACCCAUUGUCAUUGGCCGUCAUGCUUAUGGGGAUCAAUACAGAGCAACUGAUUUUGUGGUACCUGGGCCUGGAAAAGUAGAGAUGACCUAUACUCCAGCAGAUGGAGGCAAACCAGUCACAUAUCUGGUCCAUAACUUUGAAAGCUGUGGUGGUGUAGCCAUGGGAAUGUACAAUCUUGACCAGUCUAUCAAGGAUUUUGCCCACAGCUCCUUCCAGAUGGCACUGUCUAAAGGCUGGCCUCUCUACAUGAGCACUAAGAACACUAUCCUGAAGAGAUACGAUGGUCGCUUUAAAGACAUCUUCCAAGAGAUCUAUGACAGAGAAUACAAGUCCCAGUUUGAAGCCAAAAAGAUCUGGUAUGAGCAUAGGCUCAUUGAUGACAUGGUUGCUCAGGCCCUGAAAUCUGAAGGAGGCUUUGUCUGGGCCUGCAAGAACUACGAUGGGGAUGUGCAGUCUGACUCUGUUGCGCAAGGCUAUGGCUCUCUGGGGAUGAUGACCAGCGUGCUGAUCUGCCCUGACGGCAAGACUGUUGAAGCAGAAGCUGCUCACGGCACAGUUACUCGUCACUACCGCAUGCACCAGAAAGGCCAAGAAACAUCCACUAAUCCCAUUGCCUCCAUCUUUGCAUGGACAAGAGGACUAGCUCACAGAGCUAAGCUGGACGACAACACUAGCCUCAAGAACUUUGCAAUUGCCCUGGAAGAAGUCUGCAUUGAGACCAUCGAGUCUGGCUUCAUGACAAAGGACCUCGCUGCCUGUAUCAAAGGCCUGCCUAAUGUCACACGCUCUGACUACCUGAACACCUUUGAGUUCAUGGACAAGCUUGCUGACAACUUGAAGGGGAAGUUGGCUUCUCUGCCCAGACUUUAAGGCAUGGGUUCUACUCAAGUUCCACUAACAAAACAUCUCCCACUUACACCAGAGUGUAAGUGGCACUGUAUCACACUGUUGUGUAACAUUCAAAUACUAGACAAAAAUGAACAUGUACACCUUUUUAAAUGUUUAAAAGACCAUGUUUUCUUAAACCCCUUGAGCUGCUGGGCUAGGCCUUACUUUUGCUAAGCAUCUGAAUGUGAUAGUAUUCAAACUCAAUGUAGGUCUGGAUUCCUAAUGUCAUUCACAGCAGACCUGAGAUUUUUCUCUAUGACUCUGAUCUGUGUUUCUUUUCUUUCUCUCAAACUG